AGAAAGAAGCGUCCGCCGGAAGUGAGAAGGAGAGGAGCGCGAUGGCGGACGACGGGAUGAAAACGGAUGUGCAGCUGCCUGUGGCCACAGACCUCAAGAAACCCCGUCCGAAGAAAGCUCCUGAGCUUCCCAUUCUGGAGAGGAGAAACUGGCUUAUACAUCUGCAUUACAUCCGCAAAGAUUAUGAGACCUGCAAGGCCAUUAUUAAAGAACAACUGCAUGAAACUCAAGGCAUGUGUGAAUAUGCGGUGUAUGUACAAGCUCUGAUCAUGCGGCUAGAAGGGAAGAUCCAGCAGUCUCUGGAGUUGUUUCAGAGUUGUGCCAUACUCAACCCCAAAAGCUCAGACAACCUCAAACAAGUGGCGCGAUCGCUUUUCCUGUUAGGGAAGCACAAAGCUGCUAUUGAGGUUUAUAAUGAAGCAGCACGUCUCAAUCAGAAAGACUGGGAGAUCAGCCAUAAUCUUGGCGUUUGCUACAUCUACACCAAAGACUUCAGGAGUGCAGAAGAGCAGUUAAACUUGGCAUUACAGCUGAACAAACACGAUCUGACCUACAUGAUGCUGGGAAAAAUCCACUUACUGCAGGGGGACACGGAGAAAGCCAUCGACGUCUACAAGAGCGCUGUGGAAUUUUCUCCUGAGAACACAGAGCUGUUGACCACGCUGGGACUGCUGUACAUGCAGCUUGGGAAAUACCAGAAAGCCUUUGAGCACCUCGGGAACGCUCUGACGUACGACCCCAAUAACUUCAAGGCCAUCCUCGCCGCCGGCAGUAUGAUGCAGACUCAUGGAGAUUAUGACGUGGCCAUGAACAAGUAUCGCGUAGCGGCAUACGCCGUCCCCGAGAGCCCCCCGCUCUGGAAUAACAUCGGGAUGUGCUUCUUCGGCAAAAAGAAAUACGUUGCUGCCAUCAGCUGUCUGAAGAGGGCAAACUAUCUGUCUCCGUUUGAUUGGAAGAUCCUGUAUAAUCUGGGUUUGGUUCAUCUCACCAUGCAGCAGUUCGCAUCAGCUUUCCACUUCCUGAGCGCCGCCAUCAACCUGCGGCCACGCAUGAGCGAACUCUACAUGCUUCUGGCUGUUGCCCUGACCAAUCUGGAUGAUGCCGAUAACGCCCGCAGGUCUUAUGAGCAGGCGGUUCAGCUAGAUGAGUCAAACCCGCUGGUGAACCUGAACUUUGCGGUGUUCCUGUAUAAUCAGGGCGAUAAGAAGGCCGCGCUGCAGCAGUACCAGGAGAUGGAGAGAAAAGUCAACGCUCAGGUUGAGAACAACAGCAACACAGAGUUUGACCCAGAGAUGGUCGAGAUGGCUCAGAAAAUGGGCGCCGCUCUACAGACGGGCGAGAACCUGUACUGGAGCAAACAGGGCAAAGACGGCAAGACCAGCCACCGGUCCUCCUCCAGCAAACCCAGCAGCUCCCAGCAGCCCCUAGGCACCAACCAGGCCCUGGGUCAGGCCAUGUCUUCAGCCGCAGGCUACAGCAAGAGCAUGCAGAUCACCGCAGAGCCCGAGGCGGAUGUGAGCAGCGCCCCGUCGCCCCCUACAGUCACUCCCGGAGACCCCGAGGAUGAGGAUGAGGUAGAGGAGGCGGCCGAGCCGGCCAAACACACGGAGAAGAAGAGUAAACCCAAAGCAGUGGCUGAAUAGAGCUCAAACUAUGUCUUUCUUCAAAUCUGAAAGGGUUUAUAACUUAUGAAUGUACAGCAGAAUAUAUAGUUUCAUUAAAGUGCAGGUUACAAUCACAGAUUUUUAGAUGUUUGAAUGAUUCAUUACAUUAAAUAAAGGUCUGUCCACCUUUAGAAAUAUUGUAAUUGCAUAGGAAAAUUCAGUCUUGUGCGUUGGUGUUUUAAAAUGAGGAGGCAAAGUCCUCACAUUUUUUAUAUACUGUAUAUCAAAUGUAAAUUUAUGUCUGUUAUUCUUAAUUUUCUUGGUUAAAUAAACAUUAGCAUACAUAAAAAAAAAAGAGAGACCAAAUAUAAUUCUGUUUUGUAUUUUUUUGCAAUAACUAUGUAAUGUCGUAUUUAUUAAAACCAAAUAUGAAUUUCAUCAA